AUGAAGUUAUUCAACUCAGCUCUUGGAAGAAAUAUCACCUAUGUGCAUCCUGCAUUUUUCAUUAUAAGUGGUUUUUCUGGAAUCCCAAAUAUACAGCAGUACUAUGUCUUUUUAUUUUUUGUCUAUGUCGUUUCAGUGCUGGGAAACACUGUUGUGAUGGCUGUGAUAUUCUUGGAUCAUAAUCUGAGAACUCCCAAAUAUAUUGCGGUUUUUAACCUAGCAUUUGUGGACCUGUUGGGUAACACUGUUCUGGUGCCGAAGGUUCUCGACAUCUUUCUGUUUAAUCACCCAUUCAUCUCCUACAACGACUGCUUGACUUUCUUUUUUUUCUGCUACACCUGCCUUUGUAUGCAGUCUCUCAACCUGGUCGCGCUCUCUUAUGACAGAUUGAUAGCUAUCAUCUUCCCGCUGCACUAUCAAGUGAAGGUGACCCACAGGUUCAUGUUUUCAAUGAUUAUCUUCUUCUGGGUCUUUGUUAUAAUUACUGUGCUCAUUUCAGUCGGUCUUCUUACGAGACUUUCCUUCUGUAAUUCUGUGGUAAUUAACAGCUAUUUCUGUGACCAUGGCCAGAUAUACCGGCUUGCGUGCAAUGACUAUUUUCCCAGCUACUUCAUUAGUUUCUUGUACCCGAUUAUUAUUCUUUGGCUUCCACUAGGUUUUAUCUUGAUAAGUUAUCUGUGUAUUUGUUAUACUCUAGUUAAAGUAGCCACAGUUAAAGAAGGAUUGAAGGCUUUUAAAACGUGCGUAGGUCAUCUUUCGCUAGUAGCAAUUUAUUUUUUCCCACUGUUAAUUACAUUUACCUUGAUGGAAAAAAUACAUCCAAACGCCAGGAUCAUCAACCUGUCUCUGACCUCUGUGUUCCCUCCCAUGUUGAACCCAAUUGUAUAUGUUCUGCAGACGCAAGAAAUCAAAGAUUCAGUAAAAAAGUUAUUAAAAAUAAAAUGUAAGUCGAAAAUAACAGUGCAGAAUUAA